CGUGGCCUGCGCCCCGCGCCGCGCGGAGCCGGUUCGCGGGCGGUGGUUCCCCUGCGGGCCGGGCUCUGCAGGGAGGGCCGUCAUUCGGUGCUUACGUGAAUUGUCCGUUAGCCCCAGUGUCCAGGCGAAACUGGGACUGGACGUUGAGGCCGGCCCAAGCCGGGGGUCUGGCCUCUCCAGCUCCGCUGGCGCUAAGUGAAUUACUGCAGGCGGAGCUUGUGGGACUGCCCCCGGGCUCCAGCUCUCGUCGUUUCUGUGUGUCUGGCCGACUCUCCCCGAGCAGGACCCAGCUGCGCGGGGCGGGAGAACGAGGCAGGGCUGACGUGGUUUCCUGCUGGGAGCAGGGUCACGUCCCAGCGCCGCUGGCUGGCAUCACUUACCCGCAGUGGCGGAGAUCCUGAGAUGUUCGGAGGGGUUUUGUCUCACAGCCUGCAUAUCAGCCAGCCUCAGUGCCUUCCUGAGAACAGGCCAGUAUGCCCAAGAUAGCCCUGAAUGGCGUGACAGUGGACUUCCCCUUCCAGCCGUACAAAUGCCAGGAGGAGUACAUGAGCAAGGUGCUGGAGUGUCUGCAGAAGAAAGUGAAUGGCAUCCUGGAGAGCCCCACAGGCACAGGGAAGACACUGUGCCUCCUCUGCACCACGCUGGCCUGGCGGGAGCACCUCCGUGACACCAUCUCUGCCCGCAAGAUCGCCGAGAGGGCGCAGGGAGGGCUUUUUGUCAAUCACACCUUGUCCUGGGGAGCUGCCGCUUCCGAUGGGGACAGCACAGCCUGCUACUCGGACGUCCCAAAGAUCAUUUAUGCCUCCAGGACCCACUCGCAGCUCACUCAGGUCAUCAGCGAGCUUCGGAGCACCUCCUACCGGCCCAGGGUAUGUGUGCUGGGUUCCCGGGAGCAGCUGUGUAUCCACCCCGAGGUGAAGAAGCAGGAGAGUAACCACAUGCAGAUCCACUUGUGCCGGAAAAAGGUGGCCAGUCGUUCCUGUCACUUCUACAACAACGUGGAAGAGAAGAGCCUGGAGCAGGAGCUGACUACCUCCAUCCUGGACAUUGAAGACCUGGUCAAAAGUGGGAACAAGCACAAGCUGUGCCCGUACUACCUGUCUCGGAACCUGAAGCAGCAGGCUGACAUCAUCUUCAUGCCGUACAACUACUUGUUGGACGCCAAGAGCCGCCGGGCGCACAGCAUUGACCUGAAGGGGACGGUUGUGAUUUUCGACGAAGCUCACAAUGUGGAAAAGAUGUGUGAGGAGUCGGCAUCCUUCGACCUGACCCCCCAUGACGUGGCUUCUGGACUGGACGCCAUAGACCAGGUCUUGGAGGAGCAGACCAAGGUGGCACAGCAGGGCGAGUUCCACUUGGACUUCAGUGCGGACUCUGCCGCCUCAGGUGAGUUUGCAGGUGGGAGACGAGAGACGAGACGGGCUGCCCGGUGGUCUCCGGUCCCAGCGCCUUCUUCAGUCGUCUGGGGACAAGGGCUGCGCAUGGAGUUGGAAGACCUCGCCAAGCUCAAGGUGAUCCUGCUUCGCCUGGAGGGGGCCAUCGAUGCCAUUGAGCUGCCGGGGGACCAGAGUGGUGUCACCAAGCCAGGGAGCUACAUCUUUGAGCUGUUUGCCGAAGCCCAGAUAACCUUUCAGACCAAAGGCUGCAUCCUCGACUCCCUGGACCAGAUCAUCCAGCACCUGGCAGGACGUAUGGGGCCGUUCACCAACACAGCGGGGCUGCAGAAGCUCUCAGACAUCAUCCAGAUUGUGUUCAGUGCAGACCCUGCGGAGGGCGUGUCUAGUUCUGUGAUGGGGCCUGGGGUCUCUCAAUCCUACAAGGUGCACAUCCACCCUGAUGCCAGUCACCAGAGGACAGCUCGGCGAUCAGACGCCUGGAACGCCACGGCGGCCAGAAAGCAAGGGAAGGUGCUGAGCUACUGGUGCUUCAGCCCCGGCCACAGCAUGCGCGAGCUGGUCCGCCAGGGCGUCCGCACCCUCAUCCUCACCAGCGGCACACUGGCCCCCGUGUCCUCCUUCGCCCUGGAGCUGCAGAUCCCUUUCCCAGUCUGCCUGGAGAACCCACACGUCAUCGACAAGCACCAGAUCUGGGUGGGGGUCGUCCCCAAAGGCCCCGAUGGAGCCCAGCUGAGCUCUGCCUUUGACAAACGGUUUUCUGAUGCAUGCCUGUCCUCCCUCGGCAAGGCGCUAGGCAACAUCGCCCGCGUGGUCCCGCACGGGCUCCUGGUCUUUUUCCCUUCCUACCCCGUCAUGGAGAAAAGCCUGGAGUUCUGGCGGGCCCGUGACUUUGCCAGGAAGCUGGAGGCCCUGAAGCCUCUAUUUGUGGAGCCGAGGAGCAAAGGUGGCUUCUCAGAGGUGGUGGAUGCUUAUUACACUCGAGUCGCCUCCCCCGGGUCCAACGGGGCUACUUUCCUGGCUGUGUGCCGGGGGAAGGCCAGCGAGGGGCUAGACUUUGCGGACACGAACGGCCGCGGUGUGAUCGUCACGGGCCUGCCGUACCCCCCACGCAUGGACCCCCGGGUGGUCCUCAAGAUGCAGUUCCUGGACGAGUUGAAGGGCCGCAGCGGGCCUGGAGGUCAGCUCCUCUCCGGGCACGAGUGGUACCGGCAGCAGGCGUCCAGGGCUGUGAACCAGGCCAUCGGGCGGGUGAUCCGGCAUCGCCACGACUACGGGGCCAUCUUCCUCUGUGACCACAGGUUCACUCACGCGGAUGCCAGAGCCCAGCUGCCCUCCUGGGUGCGCCCCCACGUCAAGGUGUAUGACAGCUUCGGCCACGUCAUCCGGGACGUGGCCCAGUUCUUCCGUGUCGCCCAGAAAACUAUGCCCGUGCCGGCCCCGCUACUCGCUGCCCCAAGUCUGGGUGAGGGAGAAGGUGCUGUCAUGGUGGCCGUGUCACCCGGCCCCCUCUCCACCAGGAAAGCCAAGAGUCUGGACGUGCACGUCCCCAGCCUGAGGCGGAGACCCGUGGGGUCGCCGACCAGGGACGCCGAGAGCAGCCUGUGUGUGGAGUACGGGCGGGAGCUGGCCCUCGCUCAGCAGAGGCCUGUGGGGCUGCUGGCAGCCCUGGAACACAGCGAGCAUCUGGCUGGGGGGCCUGGGGACAAGGCCUCCCCUGGGGAGGAGGAGGCAGCGCAUGUCUCCACCCUGUCCCUCCCACGUGAGAAGAGGCCUGCACAGCAGCAGAAAGGAGGCAGAAGGAAGAUCAGGCUGGUGGGCAGCCGGCAGGAGGGGCCGGUGGCCAGUACACAGGCGGGCAGGGCCAAGCUGUUCAUGGUGGCCGUGAAGCAGGCGCUGAGCCAGGCCAGCUUCGACACGUUCACCAGGGCCCUGCAGGACUACAAGGGCUCUGACGACUUUGAGGCUCUGGUGGCCUGCCUCGGCCCACUCUUUGCUGAGGAUCCCAAGAAGCACGGCCUGCUCCAAGGCUUCUACCAGUUCGUGCGGCCACACCACAAGCAGCAGUUUGAGGAGGUCUGCCUGCAGUGGACAGGCCAUGGCUGCGGCUACCGGCCUGAGCACAGCCUUCCUCAGAGGCGGGGCGCUCCGUCAGCCCAGGCCCCCAGGGGAAGGAGGGAGUGUGACCCAAAGCUGACCCUGUCCCAGGGUGCAGCCGGGCAGCUGGACCCUGGACAGCACCUGAAUCAAGGCAGGCCUCACCUGGUCUCCGGACCGGCCCCGGCAGGAGACCCCAGCAGCUGUCCAAAAGAUGGGGGAUCUGGAGCCCCCAGGGCGGAGAAGCAAGGCCCGCCUGUGGGGAGCGCCUACUUGGCCGAUGUCCGAAAGGCCCUUGGGUCCGUAGGCUGCAGCCAGCUCCUCGCAGCGCUCACCGCCUACAGACGGGACGGUGACUUCGAGAAGGUGGUGGCCGUGGCGGCCGCACUCACUACCUCAAGGCCGGAGGACUUGCGCCUGCUGGAGAGGUUUGGCGCGUUCCUGAGACCUCGCCACCAGCAGCGCUUCCGGCAGGUGUGCGCCGACCUGAUGGGCCCGGCUGCCCCGAGCGCCGGCCCUGAGCCGCCGGGCCCCCAGGACGGGACUCCCACUGUGCCUCCCGACCUCGCCCACGGUGAUUCCAGGCCAGACUCGCGCCUGUGUCUCCAGGCCCCCCAGGACAGGACACACCGGGGAGGACCCAGAGCAAGAUCUUGGCCUUCCUUAGACCGAGGCAGGCCGGGGAUGCGGGGGCUCCCAGCCAGCCCCCCAGCGCCCCCCACAGGCACGCGCCGUCCGAGUCCGGCUCGGCGUGCCCCGGCUGCGGGGCGGAGGACACGGUCCCUUUCCAGUGCCCUUCCUGCAACUUCCACCGCUGCCGGGCCUGCUGGCGACGGCUCCUCCAGGUCUCUAGGACUUGCCCGGCCUGCCACGCCCCUGCCAGGAAGCAGAGCAUCACGCAGGUCUUCUGGCCAGAGCCCCAGUAGGGCUGGAGACCCUCUGGCAGGCGGACGCCGCCUCUGUCCCAGACGCAGCUGGGACGCUUGUCCCUUCACGGGGUGUGGGCCACGGGCCAGGCCAGUGCCCGUGGGGAUGCCCCUGAAAUGGCAGCAGGAUCGACGCCUGCCUAUGAGAAGCCCCGAAGUACCCUUAGGGUCUGGGGAGGGUCUGCUAAAAGGUACCUCUUCAGAACUUUCCUUGGCUGCUUGUUUGUGGGUGGAGCUUCAGGCGCUUGGCUGCUGCGGCCUGAGCCCAGGACUGGAAGGUGGGGGAAACGCUCUGCCCCCUCCUCUCCGGGACCUGUGUGUGCGCGCGCGCGCAGUGGACCUGCUUUUAAUCAGGUGACAGGUUCUCUAAUAAAGUUGCGGAUACCGUAUCCAGA